AGCGGCUGGGAGGGGCGGGGGCCAGAGUUGGAUGGCGACGUUAGCAACUCGAAACCUUUAUUGAGUGGCUAAGUACCGGGCCUAGUGCGUUUCGCUUGCAUCAUCGAAGUUAAUUGCGUCCACCUUGCUGGGCGAGGAAGUUGGGAUUUCCCACUGACUGAAGGACUCUCAAAAAGGAGGAAAAAUGACGUCUGAAUCUGAAACCCUGAAUCCCAGUGCUCGGAUAAUGACCUUCUAUCCAACUAUGGAGGAGUUCCGGAACUUCAGCCGAUACAUUGCCUACAUUGAAUCACAGGGAGCACAUCGGGCAGGACUGGCCAAGGUUGUUCCUCCAAAGGAGUGGAAACCUCGGACAUCCUAUGAUGACAUUGAUGAUCUAGUCAUUCCUGCCCCUAUCCAGCAGCUGGUGACUGGGCAGUCUGGCCUCUUUACUCAGUACAAUAUUCAGAAGAAAGCCAUGACUGUUCGAGAGUUCCGCAAGAUAGCCAAUAGUGAUAAGUAUUGUACUCCCCGCUAUAGUGAAUUCGAAGAACUUGAGCGGAAAUACUGGAAGAACCUCACCUUCAAUCCCCCAAUCUAUGGUGCAGAUGUGAAUGGCACACUCUACGAAAAGCAUGUUGAUGAGUGGAAUAUUGGCCGACUGAAAACAAUCCUGGACUUGGUGGAAAAGGAGAGUGGUAUCACCAUUGAGGGUGUGAACACCCCAUACCUGUAUUUUGGCAUGUGGAAGACAUCCUUUGCCUGGCACACUGAAGACAUGGAUUUGUACAGUAUCAAUUACCUGCACUUCGGAGAACCAAAGUCCUGGUACUCAGUCCCCCCUGAGCACGGAAAGCGGCUGGAGCGCCUCGCCAAAGGAUUUUUCCCAGGAAGUGCCCAAAGCUGUGAGGCCUUUCUCCGCCAUAAGAUGACCUUGAUUUCCCCUUUAAUGCUGAAGAAAUAUGGAAUUCCAUUUGACAAGGUGACUCAAGAAGCUGGAGAAUUUAUGAUUACUUUCCCUUAUGGCUACCACGCUGGCUUUAACCAUGGCUUCAAUUGUGCGGAGUCUACCAAUUUUGCUACUCGGCGGUGGAUUGAGUAUGGCAAACAAGCUGUGCUGUGUUCCUGUAGAAAGGAUAUGGUGAAGAUCUCUAUGGAUGUGUUUGUGAGGAAGUUCCAGCCAGAAAGGUACAAACUCUGGAAAGCUGGGAAGGACAGUAUGGUUAUUGACCACACUCUGCCCACACCAGAAGCAGCCGAGUUUCUUAAGGAGAGUGAACUGCCCCCAGGAACUGCAGAGGAGGAGGAGGAGUGCCCUGAGGAGGCUAUGAAGGGACUUGAGGAUGGAGUGGAGGGUGAAUCAAAGCUCAGCCUAGCCAAACACCGGAUAGGGACAAAGAGGCACCGGGUUUGUCUAGAAAUACCACAGGAAGUAUGUCAGAGUGAGCUCUUCCCCAAGGAGGAGUUGAGUUCUGGACAGUACGACAUGACAGAGUGUCCAGCUGCCCUUGCGCCUGUGAGACCAACUCACAGCUCAGUACGGCAAGUCGAGGAUGGUCUCAUUCUCCCAGAUUAUUCUGACUCCACUGAUGUCAAAUUUGAAGAGCUUAAGAAUGUCAAACUAGAAGAGGAGGAGGAAGAAGAGGAAGAGGAGGAACAAGAGGCAGCUGCCUUGGAUCUUUCUGUGAAUCCUGCUUCUAUUGGGGGCCGCCUUGUAUUCUCAGGUUCUAAAAAGAAAUCAUCUUCCAGUCUGGGCUCCAGUUCUUCACAGGAUUCUGUUUCUUCUGACUCAGAAACCAGUGAACCUUUGACCUGCCAAGCCCCAGGGCAUGCCCAUGCCGAAGGGGAUAGCAGGACUGCAGCAGGAGAACCAUGCAGGAGGAAGAAGGGAGGUGCUGCCAGAAGCAUCAGUGAGCGAGAGCUUUCAGAGGCUGCCGGUGAAUACAUGUUUUCCCUGGAGGAGAAUAAGAAAUCCAAGGGCCGACGACAGCCCCUAAGCAAGCUCCCUCGCCACCACCCUCUGGUGUUGCAGGAUUGCGUCAGUGAUGAUGAAACAUCUGAGCAGCUGACCCCUGAGGAGGAAGCUGAGGAGACAGAGGCCUGGGCCAAGCCACUGAGCCAGCUAUGGCAGAACCGGCCCCCGAACUUUGAAGCCGAAAAAGAAUUCAAUGAGACCAUGGCCCAGCAGGCCCCUCACUGCUCUGUCUGUAUGAUUUUUCAGACUUAUCAUCAGGUUGAGUUCGGAGGCCUUAAUCAGAACUGUGAGAAAGCUCAAGAUGUAUCCCCUCAGAAGCAAAGGACCAAGCCAUUGAUUCCAGAAAUGUGCUUCACCUCAACGGGCUGUAGCACAGACAUCAACCUGUCCACCCCUUACCUCGAGGAGGAUGGCACCAGCAUUCUUGUUUCCUGCAAGAAGUGCAGUGUCCGUGUCCAUGCUAGUUGCUAUGGUGUUCCCCCUGCAAAGGCUUCUGAAGACUGGAUGUGUUCUCGGUGUGCAGCCAAUGCAUUGGAGGAGGACUGCUGUUUGUGCUCAUUACGAGGAGGGGCCCUACAGAGAGCAAAUGAUGACAGGUGGGUCCAUGUGUCAUGCGCUGUGACAAUUCUGGAGGCGAGGUUUGUCAACAUUGCAGAAAGAAGUCCGGUGGAUGUGAGCAAAAUUCCCCUCCCCCGCUUCAAACUGAAAUGUAUCUUCUGUAAGAAGCGGAGGAAAAGAAAUGCUGGCUGCUGUGUGCAGUGUUCUCAUGGCCGCUGCCCGACUGCCUUCCACGUGAGCUGCGCCCAGGCUGCAGGAGUUAUGAUGCAGCCAGAUGACUGGCCUUUUGUCGUCUUUAUUACUUGCUUUCGACACAGGAUUCCUAAUUUGGAGCGUGCCAAGGGGGCCUUGCAGAGCAUCACUACUGGUCAGAAAGUGAUUAGCAAGCACAAGAAUGGACGCUUUUACCAGUGUGAGGUGGUCACACUGACUACGGAGACCUUCUAUGAAGUCAACUUUGAUGAUGGCUCCUUCAGUGACAAUCUCUAUCCUGAAGACAUAGUGAGCCAGGACUGUCUCCAGUUGGGUCCUCCUGCUGAAGGGGAAGUAGUCCAAGUGAGAUGGACAGAUGGUCAAGUCUAUGGAGCCAAGUUUGUGGCCUCCCAUCCCAUCCAGAUGUACCAGGUGGAAUUUGAGGAUGGCUCACAGCUUGUAGUUAAGAGAGAUGAUGUAUACACGCUGGAUGAAGAGCUUCCCAAGAGAGUCAAGUCAAGACUGUCAGUAGCUUCAGACAUGCGCUUCAAUGAAAUAUUCACGGAAAAAGAGGUUAAGCAGGAAAAGAAACGGCAGCGAGUCAUCAACUCAAGAUACAGGGAAGAUUACAUCGAGCCUGCACUGUACCGGGCCAUCAUGGAGUAGGUGCUUCCAAGGGCCAAGGAUUCCCUGCCAUCAAGGCUAGAGCACUGGGGUUCCACAGCACAGCAGACACUUGGAACACUGACGUCUCUAAUAUGAAGUUGUAAAGAAAAGGAAUGAAAUAACCAACCCCAUCUUCUUACCCCCACCUCAUUGCAUUCCGCUAUAGUGAAAGGACAAGCUGACCUUGGACAUGUGGCAAUACCCACUGAUCUCCCAGCUGAGGGGUUGAGCACUGGAAUGCUGUGGCUGCACUGGCCCCAGUUUACAAUGGGUUCGACUGCCAGCUGGGCUGGUUGCCCUGUUCCUGGCCUAAGACUUAGCUUCCUAACAGUCACCUGCACCAACUGGGCAGAGGUGCUGGUGCUUGCCUCCCCUUUUGUAUUUAUGUAUGUAUGUAUGUAUGUAUAUGUGUGUGUGUUGUAUGUAUGUGUGUUUGGUCUGGACCAGCUUAAGCCAUCUCCUGGCCUCUACUUUCCUUCCUUGCCUAUCCAGACCAAACAAAAUGUGAAAUUUUACCUUCAGCUGAGCUGAGUAAGGGCCCCUGAGGGUUUGCUGGAGAUGGCAUCUGUCUGUCCCUGGGACUGUCUCAAGAGUGUUGGCAAAGAUUCAGUAUUGAGAUGCUAUGAUGGCAAUGCCACCUCUUUGUCCUCUCUUGAUGGAGAAGAUAGGAGUAACAUAGGUGUGUGCCCAUACCACUCUAGGCACAUAGCCCAUGUGGUGCAGUAUUAGAGGGUGUGGGUGGGAAAUCUUAAUGAUGGAAGCAGGCAGAGCCUGGUGGGUGAUUCUAUCAACAGAAAAUUGCAAUCAUGCAGGGACUUGGAUUGUUAGGAUGAAUCGGGGCCAUUGGAGGUCAGGUCCAAUUUUAGAUAGGAUCCUGGUCUAGGGUGGGAGGGUGCUAAUUUGGGGGGAGGGGUGGGACUGGAAAGGUGAAGGGGUUGAGCAGGUUUUUGCCUCAUGAAUUUGUUUGCCUGAGCCCAAGAUUGGAGGGCUUCACACCUAUACCCUGUGUAUACAAGAAUCAGAUUUAUAAUACUUCCCCAUUUUUUGUUACAUAUGAACGCUAUAAACCAAAUUAUUUUGAAAACUGGUGCAUCACCUUGUCCUUAGCAAUAAAAUGUAUUGAGAAGA